CCCCUCCUGCCCUCUGAAUGUGCUCACCUCCCGGGCUCCCAGCCAGGCCCUGGCUCGGACCUGGCAGGUGCAGUAAACCACUGUGUCUUUUCUUCUCCCUGUCCCCAGACAUGGCUGCCGCUACAUGGCUCUUCUCUCUGCCCCUUGCAGCAGACAGAGAGGAGGGGGAGCAGGAGGCACAGGUGGCGCUAGGCCUGCAGAGAGUCCUGCAGAGUUUGGGACACGCAGCAGAGAAGCUGGGGCAAGCGGUGCGCCGGCUGCGGGGCCAGGAGGAGGAGACGUGGCUACAGCAGAGUAGGGGUCAGCGCCCCCAGAUCUGGAACCGUCUCAGGAAGGUGGUUCGGCAUCUCUCUGAUGAGUUUCAGGAGGUGGUAAGGGAGAGACAGAGCUUUCUCGAUCGAGCCCUCGGUCACUUACAGUACCAACGGGAGCUUAGCCGCCUCCACCUCUUGCACACCCAGAUUGUUGCCUCAGGAGCCCCUGCGUGUUUGGAGAAUUACCCUGGAGACAGAUUCUAUGGAACAGUCACGGCUUCUCUAAGGGACCAGGCUGCUGCCUGCCCACUCUUGAUCCCCUUCCUGAAGAGCCUCACUGCAGCGCUAGUGGGGGCUCAAGGUUAUGGUCCAGGACCAGAGGAUCAGGGGCCAGGAACAGAUACAGAUAAAGGUGACAUCGCGUGGACCUCACCAGUCUUUUCUACCCUGAAGAAAGUAGACAUCUGGUCCCAAGCCCGCAAGGAGGAAGCUGAACUACAAGCACAACUGCGUCACCAACAAGCCUCAGAAAACUGUUUGCAGGAUGUCCCGAAACCUCAGAUAAUGCUGAAGGAAGAGCUUAUCGCUGUGCAAGCCACAGACCUUUCUGCCAGGGAGUUUGUGGUUUACCAGUAUGGCCUCUCCAUCCUGGACCUUCUCACCCCCCAGCUUCAGGUUCCUGAAAUCACCCUGCAGAUUGCUUCUCAUCUGCCUGCCAUGGAAGCCUCAGACAAUGCCUUCGAAGGCUCCUUCUUCUUUCAGAGCGCUGAAAACAUACUGUUUGUUGGGAGAGAGUCUUUGGCAUCUGUGGGAAGCUUCAUUCUGCUGCUGAUCUACUGCCUGGCCCACAUCGCUGCCAAGGACUUCCACCAGGACUCAGACCCUGCCUUUCUGAGGUCAUUUUACAAGGGCUUGCAGGCUUAUUUCAGGGAAGCAUUCUCUAUGGCGCUGCAAAUGUCAGCGGUUUCCUGGGACGGUAAGCUUGACCGAAGCAUAAGUGCUAUUCUGCUGGAAGAGCAGCCCGUCUCUGAGAGAGGAAGAGAUCUUCUCUCGAAACUCAUUGAAAGGAAGUGUGAGUCUCACUUGGAGCCAGAGUCAUCAGAAGAGUAUAUUAAGAAAAACAAGGAUCUUCUCCUCUUCACCAAUAUGGAACAUCUUCUAAAAAGCCUCAUUGCUGCUGAAAAACAGAUACCAAGAAAACGGAGAGAUCAGAGUGAGGACGAAGAUGAGGUGAGAUGGCCUUAUGAUCUACGGCAUUAAGACUGCUUUGCUCUACAUCUUGAAACACUUCAUCAUGUGUUUGGAGCCAUAUUUGUAAGUGGAAAAGUCAGCAGAAUGAAGGAUUGGAAAUUAAUGGUGGUAUGAAAAGCUACCUGAUCCAUCACCCUAUUGAAGAGUUUUCCCAGUACCGGGAGAUGGUGGAUCUUAGAUCUCAGUUAGAAAGGAGCCAAAAGAUUUCACCCUUUGCCUUCAGGUGGGUAAAGCCCUGAAGUGGGAACCGAGACGCAGAAUUUCCCUGUUCACCCAGCUGGACGAGAACAGGAAGUAUCUAGAACUGGGUCCAUUACCCUGCCAUUCAGGGGUUCUCUUGUUAUACCUUAUGAUACCUGCUGCUCUUGUAUAAAAGGUGUUUGAUCAUAAGCAUGUAAAAUGUUAUAUAUUUAAAAACCAACAAAUAUUUUGGCUCCAAAUGACCAACACCAAUACUUCACUAAUACUUCGCUAACACAACACUAAUAUCCAUAAGGUAUAUGGAUAACUAGCAAAGAGAAAAGCCCCAAACAUCUUCAUUUUUUCAUGCAGCGUGGUGACCUUAUGGGUCAAGAUUGAGAUCAGAAACUAGCAAGCUGGAAAAAUAACUGAACACUGACUCCAGUCCUGGGCCCCAGUCUACUUUAUUUAAAGUUAUCACCCAUGUCUUGGGUAAAAACUACCUUUGAAACUAUAUUAAAAUAUAACACGGCUUUUAAAAGUGCAUAUAUCAUAAACCCACUCCUCAUGAAUUGUCCAAAGUGAACAUUUCUGUAUAAGCAGCAUCCACAUCAAGAAAGGGAACAUCACUAGUUUCUCAGAAGUGUCCCCCAUGUCCCUUCCUUCCAGUCAUCUGCCCCCCAGGAAUUACCACCAUCCUGACUUCAGACACCAUAAACUGUUUUUUGCUUAUUCAUGAACGUCACAUAAAUAGAAUCAUAAAAUAUGGAUUACUUUUGCUCAACAUCAUGUUUGUGAGGCUUAUCCACAUUGUUGCAUGUAGCUGUCGUUUGUUGAUUCUCUUUUGCUAUAAGACCCCCAUUGUAUGGAUUUGUCAAAAUUUACUCUUUCCGAUACUCAUGUGCCUGUAGGUAUCUUCCAGUUUGGGGUUAUUACAGAUAGUCUUGUGUACCUUUUGGUGACUAUAUGUGACUAUACUGAGUCAGGUAUUACUUAGAACUAGAAAUUGUAGGUCUUAGGGUGUGGCUAUGUUUGUCUUUAGUAGAAACUUACAACUGGAUGUCCAAAGUGAUUGUCUAAAUAUCUACUGCCAGCAGAAGAUUAUCAGCACUUAGUUUUUUCCAUCUUUUUUAUUUUAUGCAUUCUUGCAUCCU